AUGGAUAGAGAAUCAAAUACACCAGCUAAGAAAUCAUUCUCUAGCAAAAUCAAAUCGAUAUUCCAACUACCAAACUCUGUCAAGGGAAAGAUGGUCGGAAUUGCUAAUGUUACAUUCUUCUCAUUGCGCUACGUUUUGAAUGCAGCAUGGGUACUCGGUACACUCGUCAUUAUUUUCUCAACACCAAUGAUCAGAUGUAUCGAAUACGAACGUUUAGUUAGAGCCACCGACAAGAAGAGAGAAGCUGAAUCAAAUCAAACUCAAGGAAAGAUCGCUCAAACUCUUCCAAGAGUUUUGAAUGAAUAA